UGAGACAGUCGUCGUCAUAGGACCAUUCGCUGUAAUAAUAAGCAGGUGAAAUCCCGCGAAGAAGGUAUGGCCAUGAAUGUUGGCCGCCAGCUUCUUACCGCAGUGCAUGGAAUCACUACCGACAUAGUCGCCAGUCUCUCUGCCUGUACUGCAUUCAAGCCCGUCACGUUAUAUGAUCAUUUCAGUCGCCGCUUGUUGAAUGACCUUUGCAGCAGGUCAACAAGCCGCCAGUUAGUUUUCGAGAAUCUCUCGGUCGGACCGUGGUUGCGAUCACGACGUUUGCUGGGCCGAAGAGUCGUGUCGUCCAUCAUCCGUGCGCCGGCGUCGCGCGCGAAUCGAUAGCGGUCGAUAAUCAUCUGCCUCCGAUCCGUUCCAUUGUCGUCAAUCUUUGUCAAGUCGUACUGUGUAUAUACUAGUACACAAGCACUCCGCCGUGUGCAGUCCCAGUCAUGAACAUUUUCCGGCGCAAAGAUCCCGCAGCGAACAGCUCCAAGAAGAGAAGCAGUGAGCAGCGGCGCACCAAGGUUGCCAUUGUCGGCAGUGGCAGCGCGGGUAUUGGUGCGUUAUGGGCUCUCAAAGACAGCGACUACGACGUUCAUCUGUUUGAAAAGUCGUCCAAGCUUGGCGGUCAUACGAACACGCAGCCAUGGCGCAUCGGCGAGGAGACUGCAAAGGUCGAUACUGGCUUCAUCGUGCUCAAUGCUGCCACCUACCCGAAUUUCAUCCGCUUCCUCGAGGAGAUCGGCAUUGAGCCCACGCCGACGGAGAUGACAUUUAGUGUUUCGCGAGACCGGGGAGUCUUCGAAUGGUCUGGCGAGCCCCAUGGAAUUUUCGCUCAGCGCCGUAAUAUCUUCCGGCCUGAGCAUUGGCGCAUGAUCUUUGACAUUGUGCGAUUCAAUCAAUUCGCAUUGGACGUGCUCAACGACGACGAUGAGACCCUUGGCCCAGAGCUAUCCGACGAGCCCGCCAAAGCACCUCUCUAUCCAGUGACGAUGAGCAUCGGCGAAUACCUCGAUAAGGAGGGCUACUCCAAAGUCUUCCGUGAUGACUACUUAAUCCCGAUGACUGCAGCCGUUUGGAGCACGUCUCCCGACAAAUGCACUUUGGAGUUUCCGGCGCGUACUUUGAUUCGUUUCAUGUGGAAUCACCAUCUCUUGUCAACUGUUGCUGAGAGGCCGAGAUGGCUGACCAUCGCGGGUGGCUCCCAACAAUACAUAGACGCGGUUCUCAAGGUGUUCCCUAAAAAGCGCUUGCACGUCCACAAAUCUUGUGAAGUUGCCAAUAUUGUGCGACCAACAAAGCAAGAUGAUGCCGAGGUGGCUCUUUCCUGGAUUGAUGGUACCACGGAGAAGAUCGAACAUGGUUCCUUUGACCACGUCGUGCUAGCCUGUCACGGCGACGAGAUCUUGCCGUUGUUUGCCAAACGACCCACCAAUGGCGAGAGCAAGAAAAGUCGCGACUCGAGCAAAAAAGGCCGAGAGUCGAGUAAGAAGAGCCGUACGUCGACCGAGACUGCCAGCUCUUCCGCGAGCUCCCAGCAUGCAGCCGAUGACGAAGAGGAGGAGAUCCUGUCGGCUUUCCAGACUACUGAAAAUAUCUGCUAUCUGCACUCUGACCUCGAUUUCAUGCCUAAACGCCCGAACGUCUGGACAAGCUGGAACUACUUGGUGAACUCCAAGCCAUCUGAGGACUCCCACCCAGCAGGAGUGAGCUUGACUUACAACAUGAACAUCUUGCAGCACAUCCCGCGAGAGACGUUUGGUCAUGUCCUGGUGACCAUGAACCCAGAACGCGAGCCUAACCCAGAGCUCACGCAAGGUAAAUUCACCUACAGGCAUCCCCUCUACACCGCCGAAGCAGUGCUUGCGCAACAACGACUGGAGACAAUCCAGAACGUGCGAGGUGUGAGCUACUGCGGUGCCUGGACCAAGUACGGAUUCCAUGAAGACGGUUUCAGCAGUGGCCUAAAAGUGGCCAUGGAUCACCUCGAUGCGAAACUGCCAUUCGAAUUCGUGGACUCCACAUUCAGUCGAGGUCGCCGACCAGUCCUCGUUUGGCAAGACUAUGUCGCACGUGCUCUCUUGUCCGUGCUGCUUGUCGGAGUCCGACUCAUUGAUGCCUUUGUUGCCCUGCCGGUGAUCUCCUGGAUCAUUGUAGUCAUCGCUUUCAUCGCCUCCAUGCUUUUGAACAUUUUGGAGCUCGUAGGGCUGCUGUGACCAAUUCUCACGUUGGCCUCGGAAUGCUGUUCUCACGAGGAAGAAGAGGGAGAAGAAGAAGAAGAAGAAGAAGAAGAAGAAGAAGAAGAAGAAGAAGAAGAAGAAGAAGAAGAAGAAGAAGAAGAAGAAGAAGAAGAAGAAGAAGAAGAAGAAGAAGAAGAAGAAGAAGAAGCU